CCAAUAGGUAUUGGUAAUUGUGCGAUCUAUAGGGGAGGUAAAUGGAGUUUAAUGCUUCCUGAACCCUAAAUUUAUCAUCACUAUAAGCCCUCCUCGACUGGCUUGACACUCUAGCAAAACAUGCAGAUCUUCGUGAAAACGCUAACAGGGAAGACAAUAACCCUUGAGGUUGAAUCUAGCGAUACUAUUGACAAUGUCAAGGCUAAGAUUCAGGAUAAGGAAGGUAUCCCUCCGGACCAGCAACGUUUGAUAUUUGCUGGUAAGCAGCUUGAAGAUGGCCGUACGCUAGCUGAUUAUAAUAUCCAAAAAGAGUCCACUCUGCAUCUUGUUCUGAGGCUUCGCGGUGGGAUUAUUGAACCUUCUCUUAUGGCUUUGGCGCGGAAGUACAACCAGGAUAAGAUGAUUUGCCGCAAGUGUUAUGCCCGCUUGCACCCUCGUGCUGUCAACUGCAGGAAAAAGAAGUGUGGCCAUAGCAACCAGUUGAGGCCAAAGAAGAAGAUCAAGUAAACAGGUGGUUGGUUGCAUUUGCUGUCAAGACACUUUAUAAUUUGGCACUCCUUUGUAUUUUACUUGCUUGUUUAACUUUUGUUCUGUACUUCAAUGUCUCUUUCACUUUAUAACAAAAGUUUUAAAAUGAUAUUUCCAAUUGCUUUACUCAA